AAAGAAUACUUAGCCCUUUGGUUUGCCUGAUUUUGAAUUAUCCUUACAGUGUGAUUGCAGAUUCUGCUCAGUCUUCCAGCGGGACCUGAUGAUGUGGAUUUUUGUCUUGCAGCGCACUGUGAGGAUGAGGGAGGGCUCCGUCCCCGAGCGGGCUGUUUAAGAAGAGAACUGUUCGUGCGCACACGGUGUUCACUGCCUUGCCUGGGAAGAUGAACCCAGCUAAUCCUUUUAGCGGGCAGCAGCCUGGGGUUUUCCCAGCAUCUACCAGUAGUUCCAUAGGCACGUUUCAGGCUAAGCCACCCUUCCGAUUCGGUCAGCCUUCUUUUGGACAGAAUAAUACGCUAUCUGGGAAAACCUCAGGAUUUUCACAGGUAUCCAGCUUUCCGACGUCUUCUGGAGUAAGUCAUUCUUCUUCAACACAAACGUUAGGGUUCUCCCAAACCUCAAACGUUGGACUUUUUUCUGGACUUGAACAAACUCCAGCUUUUGUAGCUGCCUCUGGGUCUUCAAGUUCAUGUGUGUCUGCAAACCCAGGAUUUAGUUUUAAGUCAUCCAAUUUUGGGGCUUUUCCGGGUACGUCUACAUUUGGACCAGAAAGUGGGGAAAUAGCAAGCUCUGGUUUUGGGAAAACAGAGUUUAGCUUUAAACCUCUGGAAAAUUCCGUGUUUAGACCAAUAUUUGGGGCUGAAUCUGAGCCAGAGAAAACUCAGAGCUCAAUUACUUCUGGAUUUUUUACAUUUUCUCACCCAAUUAGUAGCGGUCCUGGGGGGCUGGCUCCAUUUUCUUUUCCUCAGGUGACAAGCAGCUCAGCUGCCACUUCAAACUUUACCUUUUCAAAACCAGUCAAUAGUAAUAAUUCAUCAUCUGCCUUUACCUCUGCUUUGUCAAACCAAAAUGUAGAGGAAGAGAAGAGGGCCUCUAAGUCACUAUUUGGAAGUUCUAAUAGUAGCUUCACUAACUUCCCCGUAUCGUCAGGACCUCUGGGUGAUCCAUUCCCAGUUAGCAAAACAGGUGUAAGACAAGGAUGUGAAGAACGUGUUUCCCAGAUGGAGCCACUUCCCAGCCUCAUGAAAGGACUGAAAAGGAAAGAGGACCAGGAUCGGUCCCCAAGGAGACAUGGGCAUGAUGCAGCAGAAGACUUGGAUGCUCUGUCGAGGGGAGAUCACCCUCCAGAUAAGCGACCUGUCCGCCUGAAUCGACCCCGGGGAGGCACCUUGUUUGGUCGAACGAUACAAGAUGUCUUCAAAAGCAAUAAAGAAGUAAGUCGUCUGAGCAAUAAGGAAUCUAAAAAGGAUAUUGGCUGUGCCGAAUCUGGGGAGAACGACCACGCGGCCAUUCCAGGAGGAGGUCAGUCUGUCUUGGCACCUUCCCGGCUCCCAGGUGUGAAUAAAGAGGAAGAAACUGAAAGUAGAGAUAAAAAAGAAGAUUCUCUAAGAGGAACGCCCGGACGUCAAAGUAAAAGAAGCGAGAGCACAGACAGUCUUGGGGGCUUGUCUCCCACUGAAAUCACAGCAAUCCAGUGUAAGAACAUCCCCGACUCUCUCAAUGACAGGACCAUUCUGGAGAAACACUUUGGUAAAAUUGCUAAAGUGCAGCGUAUCUUUACCAGGCGCAGCAAAAAGCUUGCAGUGGUGUAUUUUUUUGAUCAUGUGUCUGCAGCCCUGGCUAGGAAGAAGGGGAAAGGCUUGCAUAAAGACAUGUCUAUCUUCUGGCAUAAGAGGAAAAUAAGUCCCAACAAGAAGCCCUUUUCCAUAAAGGAGAAGAAGCCAGGUGACAGCGAAGCUGGCCAGGGCCCCGAGGACACAGCCUUUCAGCACUCUUCUCUUGGCAAGCCUGGGGCGAGGGCUGCAGCUGGCACCCUCCUGAACAAGAGCUCUCCAGUGAAGAAGGCAAGUCUUCUGAAGACCCAUCAGUUUGAGGGGGACCCUUUUGACUCGGGCUCCGAGGGCUCUGAGGGUCUUGGGCCAUGUGUGUCAUCACUUAGCACCCUGAUAGGCACCGUGGCUGAGACUUCUGAGGAGAAGUACCGCCUGCUUGACCAGAGGGACAGAAUCAUGCGGCAAGCGCGGGUGAAAAGAACGGACCUGGAUAAAGCGAGGACUUUCGUUGGCACGUGCCCAGACAUGUGUCCUGAAAAGGAGCGGUACAUGCGGGAGACCCGGAGCCAGCUGAGCGUGUUUGAAGUGGUCCCAGGGACUGACCAGGUGGACCACGCGGCAGCUGUGAAGGAGUACAGCCGCUCCUCCGCUGAUCAGGAAGAACCGCUUCCGCAUGAGCUGCGGCCCUCAGCAGUGCUCAGCAGGACCAUGGACUACUUGGUGACUCAGAUCAUGGACCAGAAGGAGGGCAGCCUGCGGGACUGGUAUGACUUCGUGUGGAACCGCACCCGGGGCAUACGGAAGGACAUCACACAGCAGCACUUGUGUGACCCUGUGACGGUGUCUCUGAUUGAGAAGUGCACCCGGUUCCAUAUCCACUGUGCUCACUUCAUGUGUGAGGAGCCCAUGUCCUCCUUUGAUGCCAAGAUCAACAAUGAGAACAUGACCAAGUGCCUUCAGAGUCUGAAGGAGAUGUACCAGGACCUGAGAAACAAGGGCGUGUUCUGUGCCAGUGAAGCUGAGUUCCAGGGGUACAAUGUUCUGCUCAAUCUCAACAAGGGGGACAUCCUAAGAGAAGUACAACAGUUCCAUCCUGCUGUUAGAAAUUCCUCCGAAGUGAAAUUUGCUGUUCAGGCCUUUGCUGCAUUGAACAGUAAUAAUUUUGUGAGAUUUUUCAAACUGGUCCGGUCGGCUUCUUAUCUGAAUGCUUGUCUUUUACACUGUUACUUUAAUCAGAUCCGAAAAGAUGCUCUCCGAGCGCUCAACAUUGCGUACACUGUGAGCACGCAGCGCUCCACUGUCUUUCCCCUGGACGGCGUGGUGCGCAUGCUGCUGUUCAGAGACUGUGAAGAGGCCACAGACUUCCUGAACUUCUAUGGUCUCACUGUCUCUGAUGGCUGUGUCGAGCUGAACCGGUCCUCGUUCCUGGAACCAGAGGGGUUGUCCAAGGCCAGGAAGUCGGUGUUUAUUACCAGGAAGCUGACUGUGUCGGUCGGGGAGAUCGUGAAUGGAGGGCCGCUGUCCCCCGUCCCUCGUCAUACCCCUGUGUGCAGCUUUAACUCCCAGAACAAGUACAUUGGGGAGAGCCUGGCUGCAGAGCUGCCUGUGGGCACCCAGAGACCCAGCUUGGACACAGUAGGUGUGGCGAAAGGAGAGGCAUGUGGGGCGGAGGCAGAGGUACUGCCAACCACUCUCCUCCAGCAGCCCCUUCCCAGUGCCAUGCCCACACCAGCUUCUCUGCCUCACGUCCCGGCACCGGCCCCGAGCAUAGCGCCUGGCCUCUUCCAGCCCCCUGGGCAGCCCCCCAUGCAGCCCCCUGCGCAGCCCGAGUUGCUUCCUCCGAGGCCUGCACCUUCGUACUCUGAUGCGGACCUGGCUCAAGUGGUGGAUGAGCUCAUCCAGGAGGUUCUUCAGAGGGACUGUGAGGAGGUUGGUGCCGCUGGGGCGGCCUUCGCGACCACAGCUCUGGGCGUUUCCAAUGCUGCUAUGGAGGAGCUAUUAACAGCUGCAACCACAGGCAUUUUGAGGCACAUAGCAGUGGAAGAAGUGACUAAGGAGAGGGAGCGAAAGGAGGAGGAGAGGCGGCAGGCGGAAGAGGAGAGGUUGAAACGAGAGAGAGAACUGGUGUUAACUCGGCUGAGCCAGGGCCUGGCAACAGAGCUAAUGGAACUUGUCGUGACAGAAUGUGUGAGGGAAACCUGCUCCCAGGAGCUGAAGAGCGCAGUGGAGACAGACCAGAAGGUCCGCAUGGCCCGUUGCUGUGAGGAUGUCUGUGCCCACCUGGUGGACUUGUUUCUUGGGGAAGAGAUUUUCCAGACCGCGAAGGAGACCCUCCAGGAACUUCAGUGCUUCUGCAAGUAUCUCCAGCGCUGUGACAGAGCUGCAGUGACUGUCCUCGUACAGACAUUUCACACGGGUGCGCGGACACCUGGAGAGAAGCUCCCAGAAGUGGUGUUUGCUGGGUCAGAGUAUGGGUGGAGGGAAGCCGUCGCGGCCAGGAAGAAACUGAGGCGCCAGAUGCGAGCCUUCCCUGCAGCACCCUGCUGUGUGGACAUGAACGACCGGCUCAGGGCAUUGGUGCCCAGUGCAGAGUGUCCCAUUGCUCAGGAGAACUUGGCCAAGGGCCUUCUGGACCUGGGCCAUGCAGGGAAAGUGGGCAUCUCCUGUACCAGGUUAAGGCAGCUCCGAAAUAAGACGGCGCACCAGAUGAAGGUUCAGCACUUCCACAAGCAGCUGCUGAGUGAUGCGGCAUGGGUGCCCCUGGACCUGCCGUCCCUCGUGGCCGAGCAUCUCCCUGGGAGGCGGGAGCGUGUGUUUUGGAAGCUGGUGCUGGUGUUGCCUGAUGGAGAAGAGCAGUCCCCAGGGAAUCCUGGCAGAAUUUUAGCAAACUGGUUACAAGUCAAGUUCAUGGGAAGUGAUGGCUCAGUGGGCGGCACAAACAGCGAGGCUGGGGGCAUCCAGACGCUCGCUCUAUUUCACGCGCUCAGCAGCAAAGGGGACCGGACUGUUGCUGUCAGUGUGUGUAUAAAGGUGGCUCACGGUGCUCUCAGCGACUGCGCCCUUGAUGCCGUGGAGACGCAGAAGGAGCUCCUGGGAGCCAGUGGGCUCAUGCUGCUGCUUCCGCCCAAAGUGGAGAUCGAGGACGUGGCGGAGGAGGACGUGUACUGGCUGUCUGCACUGCUGCAGCUCAAGCAGCUUCUCCAGGCCAAGCCCUUCCAGCCUGCUCUUCCGCUCGUGGUCCUCGUACCUAGCCCGGCAGGGGGUGCCAUGGAGAAGGAAGUGGAAGACGGUCUGAUGCUGCGGGAUUUGGUUUCAGCUAAGCUGAUUUCAGAUUAUACGGUUAUUGAGAUCCCCGAUUCCAUUAAUGAUUUACAAGGCACAACUAAGGUGUCUCGGGCCGUGCAGUGGCUCGUCUCCCACUGCCCCUGUUCCCUUGACCUUUGCUGCCAGACCCUCAUUCAGUACGUGGAAGACGGCGUUGGGCGCGAGUUUAGUGGCCGGUUUUUCCGUGACAGAAGAGAGAGGCGGCAGGGCGGCCUGGCCUCACAGGAGCCCGGAGCCAUCAUCGAGCUGUUCAACAGUGUGCUGCACUUCCUGGCUUCCCUGGUGUCCUCUGAACAGCUGUGUGACCUGUCCUGGCCUGUCACUGAGUUUGCUGAGGCGGGGGGCAGCCGGCUGCUCCCACACCUUCACUGGAACGCCCCGGAGCACCUGGCCUGGCUGAGGCAGGCUGUGCUCAGCUUCCAGCUGCCCCAGAUGGACCUUCCACCCCCGGGGGCGCCCUGGCUCCCCAUGUGCUCCAUGGUCAUCCAGUAUGCCUCCCAGAUCCCCAGCUCUCGCCAGACUCAGCCCGUCCUCCAGUCUCAGGUGGAAAACCUGCUCUGCAGAACCUACCGCAGGUGGAAGAGCAAAAGCCAUUCCCUGGACCCGGGGACGGGGCCCUCGGUCGCUGACAUCCCAUGGGACGAUGUCAUUGCUUUGUGCAUCAACCACAAGCUGAGGGACUGGACGCCCCCCAGGCUUCCUGUCACAACAGAGGCUCUGAGUGAAGAUGGUCAGAUAUGUGUCUAUUUUUUUAAAAACCACUUGAAAAAAUAUGAUGUUCCUUUGUCAUGGGAACAAGCCAGAAUGCAGACACAGAAGGAGCUACAUCUGAGCCAGGAGCGUUUGGGGAUAAAGUCUUUUCAUUCUGCGAACAAGUUUCCGGCCCCGUUACUGCACAUGCAUCGCAAAGGGAAGAGGAAUGUGGAACGUAGCCCAGAGGGGGUGGUUCCCAGUACCCAAGAUCUGAUGUGCGGAGCCUCUACCCAGGAGCUCCUGGCCCAGUGUCUGUCCCGGAGUCUGCUGCUGGAGAAAGAGGAGAGCAAGAGGUUUGAAGAUCAACUUCAGCAGUGGUUGUCUGCAGACUCAGGAGUGUUUACGGGUUCGAUGUCCCUUCCCCUCUACCUUCCUCAGACUCUGGUGUCUCUGCCUCACACUAUUGAACCUGUGAUGAAGACAGUGACCACUGCUAGCCCUCAGAACGAAAGGACAGGGGAGCAGCUGCAGUUGUCAGAGGCAACAGGCACAUCUGUGAGCGAAAGGCUGAAGCACCUGGAAAGGCUGAUGCAGAGUUCAAAGGAAGAAGAAGUUGCCUCUGAGCUCCAUCUCUCUGCACUGCUGGACAUGGUGGACAUUUGAGCCCCUGGACCUGAGAGAGGGAACGUCUCCAGAAGAUUUUUGCUUUUACUCAAAAUAAUGUUAUUCUCAGAUGCUUGAUGCACUGUUGGAAAUGUGAUUAUUAAUCAUGCAAAUAAACCAUUUGAAUGUCUAA